AACGUUGUCGUUUGGAUGCUAAUAAAAUAAGAAUUCUCUUGAUGAUCGUUUUCCAUUUUCUCCUUCUUCUUGCCUUGUGUGUCUGAACCGCCAUGGAUUCGAAAGCUUCGACCGUUACUACAUCGCAAACCCCAAACGCCCCAAACCCAUCAAAGCCCAAAGAAAAAGACUUCCUGAACCAUCUCGAAGCUUACCUCGCCAAGCGAGACGGUGUCGACAAGCUCCUCAAAAUCACUCGUUACGCCACCAAGAUCAUAUUAGCGUCCUCGGUCCUCCCCGAAACCGUCCCACUAACUCGCCGACUCAAGAGCUUCGAGUCAAGCGUCGGACUGAGUCGGAAAGCAUUUCGACUCGGGAAAUUUGUUCAAGACGUCAACGCUUUGAGAAACUCCCAUUUGGAUUCUAAGCAAGAAAUUUUCCUCUCAAUUAUCGCUUACGGCGGCGAAGGUUUAUAUUAUUUCGUUGAACAAUUUAUUUGGUUGGCGAAAUCAGGACUAAUCGACGCUAAACACUCCCGCAACUUACAAAAGAUCAGUGCUUGGGCUGAGUUUAUUGGGUACAUAGGAAGUAUUAGCCUUAAGUUUAGGGAUUUAAAGAGGAUUAAUGAGGGUGAGGCCUGUUUGGAUUCGAGUAUUGAGAUUGCGAUUUCGAGAGGAGUCGGGUAUAAGGAGGAAGAAGAUAGGAAAAGGAAAUUAAGAGAAAAAAAAUUGAUGAAGCAACUUUCAGUUAUUCAAGAUUUGGCUGAUGGGUUAAUGGCUUUGGCUGAUAUUCAAGACGGCAAAGGAAGCUUUUCGGAUCCUCUUUUGGUGUCUUGCGCUGGACUUUUGUCGGCUCUUAUUAGUACCCAUAAAAACUGGGUUUCUUGCUAGGAAAUAAUACAGGUGUUGACUUAGUCCUUGUUGGUGAAGCUUGAUGUUUUAUAAUGAAUUUAAAUGCUAAUACAUAUGUUUGAUCUGACUUCAUUUACAUGUAUUCAACUGAUUAGUGGGAAGAAAAUCCCUUUUUAUGUUUGUCAUGUCAACUUCUUUCUUAAUCUGUAGACAACAUCAUACUUAUAUGUUCUCGAAAAAUAAAAUUGAGAUGGGGGAUUAUGUCCCUGCUGACUUUGCCUUCUCGUCUUCUAGUUCAAUUUAAGAGGGCUUUCUUUACUUUCUGCAAGAAUUUUUAGAAUCAGGUGAAGGGAAAAUAUGUUAUGAUUGUGUUUGUUCAUCUGUUUUGCCCCUUUCUAGUUUAUCGAUAUCUUAGUGCAAGAUCUUAAAAAAUGAGUCCUAGAGCUCCUUGGGAAUUUCUGGUUUGUUAUGUGAAGGAUCUUAAUCCUUAAACUUUAGUAACUUUGUUAUUUGAGGUUGGACAUUGACUCUCAAUCUCAGAAUACACAGUUCCCAGCUAUUUGAGAAAGAGCUCUUGGUUAGGAUAUAUGGAGUAACUACUGAAUCCAUUUCUUCCCCUGCCUUCCUAGAUCAUUUUAAGAUUAUGCCUAUAUGAUAAUGAUCUGAUACUCAUUAGGCCAUUUAUCUGUACUUGUUCGAUGUUCAGAUAACACAUAAUGUAGAAAGGUAUAUGCUGUUAGUGAUUAAACCAUCCUGAGCUUAGUGAAAUUUUACCACUAUCUUCUGCCCAAACAUCAUCAGAAAUGCAUCCUUUGGGUAAUGAAAUUAAUGGUUGCUAAAUAUUCCCCUGCUUUAAUAUGAAAUCUGCUUAAUCAACAAAGUAUUCUCAUACUCUAACUAGGAUUACAUGGAGAUUAAGGAAGGAAGAUUAUGAAUUUAUGAUAAUUCUUGUUCUAUUCGAAAUAGGCUUAUCUUAUAGCAGCAGCAUCACUUUAGAUUAUAGAUUUUAGAAAGUAUAGUUUCUGGACUUAGAUUAUGGUUUCUUGUUUGUGAUCUUGGUCGGAGCUCAGAAGGUUAACUUGUUCCAUAUUGUUUGUUUAUCAUGCGUGAAUGUACUUAGGGAGUGACAUAAGUGUUAGAACCAGGGCCUUUUUUUGGGGCCAUGUUUAUCUUAGAGGUAUAAUCGAUCGAGUUCAAGUUGAUACAGUACUAAGCUUGAGCUCAAACUCGACUCCAAAUUCGAUGCUCGAAACUCAACUCGAACUCGAACUCGAUCGAGUUUUAUUUUUUUAGCUCGAAUUCGACUUGAGAUAGAAAUCGAGCUAUUCAACCUAGCUCGAUUAACAUAUAAAAAUAAGCUUAAUUCUUAUAUUCGACAAAAGUUCGAUUAUUUAUGCUUAAACUUAAACUCGAGUUCGAAAGGUUUUAUCAAUUAAAAUAUAUUAAAAUAUAAAAGCUUAAUUAAGCUUACAAAUAACUCGAAUUGAGUAUAAAAAUACUUGAAUUCGACUCGAUUGACAAGUUAAGCUAUUCGAAUUCGAGUUCGAGUCAUUAAUAAUUGAGUCAAAUUUA